AUGGCUCAACAGCUGGGAGGUGUUCCCUCGCCUUGCCAAGGAGUUGGUCCUUUGUACAAGCCAGAUGGAGAGAAGCCAACAGCCACGGUCUCACAGGUUGUCGACUACGACAAUGUUCAUGUCCUGCCGCAGACUCCUCAGUUGAUCGCAUUCAUGAUAAGGGACGCUCGUACAGAUAGAGCAGACUUCAUCUUUUACUCAAAUAGGAUCAUACGCUUGUUGGUGGAGGAAGGCUUAAAUCACCUACCCGUUGUUGAGCAAUCUGUAACCACACCAGUUGGCCGGUCUUACGUGGGAGUCAGAUUCCAAGGGAAAAUCUGCGGCGUAUCAAUCAUGAGGGCUGGAGAAGCUAUGGAACAGGGCUUGCGUGAUUGUUGUAGAUCUGUUCGCAUUGGAAAAAUAUUGAUUCAAAGAGACGAUGAUACAUGGCAGCCAAAACUCUUCUACGAGAAGCUUCCGGAAGACAUUGCAAGUAGAUGGGUGCUACUUCUGGAUCCAAUGUUUGCAACUGGUGGCUCCGCGACGAUGGCAGUCGAUGUAUUGAAGUCGAAGGCAGUACCUGAAGAUCGAAUUCUCUUUUUAAACCUCAUAGCAAGCCCGUCGGGGGUUGCAGACUUCGCUCGAAGGUACCCUAAGCUGCGAAUAGUCACCGCCUUUAUUGACCAAGGCCUUGAUGAUAAGAAGUAUAUUAUUCCUGGCUUGGGAGACUUUGGCGACCGAUACUACACAUUAUAG